CAAGUACAAGUAGACAAUGGACCUGAUCGGACAACUCAGAGCCUCUGCUCUUUUCUGUCCAUAUUGAACUGUCGGAACCCUUUAUAAUCAUUUGACUAUAUGGGAGGGGCUCCAUACCAACAUAAAGGAUAGCGGGUGCUGGGAAGAGAUUCGGCACAUAACAUCCCUUCUACAUCUGUGAAAAUGCCGUUGGAAUUGUAUCUUGAUCUGCACUCUCAGCCAUGUCGCUCUGUGUUCAUUUUUGCAAAGAAAACAAACAUUCCGUUUGAUUUCAAGUUUGUCGAUCUGGCUACAGGCCAGCAGUAUGGGGAAGACUUUGGUAAGAUCAGUGUGGUGAGAAAGGUUCCGGUCAUGAGAGAUGGAGACUUCAUUCUUACAGAGAGUGUUGCCAUCCUAAAGUACCUGGCUGAAAAAUUUGGCACCUCAGAUUCAGACCACUGGUACCCAGCAGACCUGCAAAAGCGAGCCCGGGUCAACGAGUACCUGUCUUGGCAACACGCAGCCAUGCGAGCCCAUGGCUCAAAGGUGUUCUGGUUCAGGGCAAUAGUUCCCAUCAUAACUGGUUCAGACGUCCCUAAGGAGAAAAUGGACUCUGCUAUGGAGGACCUGACACUGUCUCUGAAGGUGUUUGAGGAGAAGUUCCUGGAUGACAGACCCUUCAUCAUUGGGGAAAAGAUCUCACUAGCAGACCUGGUGGCAAUAGUAGAGAUCAUGCAGCCGGUUGGCACUGGUCUGGAUUUGUUUGAGAACAGGCCCACUCUCGGUGCCUGGAGAGACCGGGUAAAAAUGGAGCUUGGCGAGGCUCUCUUUGACGAAGCUCACAAGACCAUCAUGGAUGUGGCCAGCCUGCCUCAAACCUUUGAGAACAAUGGAAUGCUGGAAUUUCUCAAGCCAAAGAUACAGAAGAUGUUCAACUAACUCAUGAUGAGAACAUUUUGACCACCAAGUAUUGUGUGACAAUGCUUUUAAUUUUUGUCUUAAUUUUUUAUGUCUUUGCACAUUUUAUUUGCAACCGGAACUCAAGUUUAGACGUAACAUAGUAAACGCACAUCCGAUACUCCAAUUAGUAUAAUAUGUUAUAUUUCGUAUUGUAUGUAUUAAUUUUUGGAACUCCAUCAACCAUUUUGUGUAAUAUGUUACAAAUUACAAUUCAUAUGAUAUGUUACCGAUUGCAAUUCAUACAAUAUGUUACAAAUUUGCAAAUCGUAUGAUAUGUUAUGAAUUCCAAUUUGUUGUGGCUAACGUUAGCUAGGUGGCUAACGUUAACUAGGCUAGGGGUUAAGGUUAAGGGAAGGGUUAGCUAACAUGCUAAGUAGUUGCAAAGUAGCUAAAAAGUAGUAAGUUGUUGCUAAUUAUCUAAAAUGCUAAAGUUGUCUGUGAUGAGAUUCAGAACACAAAACCUUUGGGUUGCUAGACGUUCCCGUUAUACGCCAAUCCAGCCACCCUGACUAACCACCCUACUUUUUGCCUUAAGUAACCAUCUGUCUUAUGUUACCAUACCAAAUAUAACAUAUCAUACUAAUUUUAGAGUCCCUUAUUUACAUUUACUAUGUUACGUCUAGUCUAUGAGACCAAGCUGUUAUUAGAAUAAACACUUCAUUUCUUGAUAAUAAAUAAAAUCAAAUCUAAAUGUG